CCAGUCUCCACAAGCUUCGUCUCCUUCACGGUUAAAAUGCCGGUCUUGCUUUCAGCCGGUAAACACUUUCCUCGCCGGGAUCCAUCGGGCAUAGGUUCUGGAUCUGGACUUGGGAUUACGGUCGGGAUCAGUUUGAUCUCGCUGGUUGUGUUCUUGUUCUUUGCUUUGAUGUGUGUUGGCUACUAUAGAACUUCUUGGACGCCUGGAUUCGCGACUACGAGGAUCGUGAUCCCUAGGCGACGAUCGAGCAGGAGCCGUGCGCCGGGACUUGCGAAGAGUGUUGUGGAGAAUCUGCCGAUUGUGAGGUUCGAGGAGAGCAGGACGAAAGAUGUUGAAUUGGAAGAGCGUGUUGAGGAUGGACCAAAUACGAAUUCAGACAUGCAGCCGGUCGUCGAUGGGGACAUCACGGCUGUGACCGAGAUCAGAAGUUCCAAGACAAACAUUGCUUCGGGUACAUCUACUCCAACAAAUAAAAUCCCUCAAGAGGAUUCGAGUUGUUCCAUCUGCUUAGAGGACUUCGUCGAAAGCGAGGAAGUUCGACUUCUCCCGUGCGACCAUAAAUUUCAUCCUAAAUGCGUCGAUCCUUGGCUGAAACAUGUUUCUGGAACCUGUCCAGUAUGUCGGUACAACUUGAAUACUCAAGAAGUUGAGAGCGAUGCAGUCGCAGCUUGA